CCACAGCUGUAGAAUGACCCAGGCUGUCCUUCAAAGCGUCGUUAUAAUGAAUACUAGCUUGGUCUGUAGGUAAGCUAGCUCGUCUCCAAAUGUUAGCUAACCUCUGACAACUGGCAAAUCUGACCGUCACGAGCUAACGAAGCUAUAACACGACGUGGAAAGACUUAAAUAAAAGGUAGAUUUGUGAUUUAAAUGAUGUAUACUCACAGGCUGUGUUGUAGCUGCUCCUCUCUCCGCUGGUCUAAGCUGAUUAAAGGGGAUUUAACAACCCUAACCGAACCGUUAUCCGCAGUUGGUCAGCCGUUCAACUGAAACCGAAAAUGUAUUCUAGCUUACUUCCGCAGUUUAUAAAGAUAUAUUAAAUACAGCAACCAUCCCGAUACAAACCCCGUCCUGCUGAAACACAUUCCUUAAAGGAGGCUGCUUCUUAAAAUCAUAACAAAUAACUGCAGCUGCUCUUCUUCGUCUUCUUCAUUGGCUGAAUGGGCUGCAACUGGCGAGAGGUUACACAGCGCCCUCUGCAGCACCGAGGGGGCCAUGCAGCUCUUCUCAGGACUCACAGAGCAGAGAGCAGCCGGCCGUCAGUGAGCUGUGUGCGGGGAAACAGAGCAGGACGCACCGGGGUAGAAGCUCUCUGAUCCACAGCUCGGUCCUGCACAGCAGAAGAGAGGAGCUUUCCCUCAGACCUCUUCAGGCUCCAGCAGCAGUCCUGUCUCCAGGUGGCCAUGGUGAACAGCAGAGUGGAGGCGCCCACGGUGGCCGUGAUGGGCGGCGGUGGAGGGGGCGCCGUGGGGAGGUUGUGCGCGGGAUGCGGGGGACGGAUCGUGGACCGCUUCCUGCUCUUCUCCAUGGAGCGCUACUGGCACACGCGGUGCCUGAAGUGCUCCUGCUGCCACGCUCAGCUGGGGGAGUACAGCAGCACCUGCUACAGCAAGGGGGGCAUGAUCCUCUGCAAGAACGACUACAUCCGGCUGUUCGGACACAGUGGCGCCUGCAGUUCCUGCGGACAGUCCAUACCUGCCAGUGAGAUGGUGAUGCGAGCACAAGGCAACGUGUACCAUCUGAAGUGUUUCACUUGUGCGACCUGUAGGAACCGGCUGGUGCCCGGCGACCGCUUCCACUACGUCAACGGGACCAUCUUCUGUGAACACGACCGGCCGGGGGGGGGUCUGCUCAGCGGACAUCCAGCUCCUCUGCAGACCAACAGCAUGCUGUCGGACCAGAAGGUCUGCUGAGGGACCGGAGGGAAAACCAAACGUGUGCCUUCUCCCCCGCCCUUCCUUGUUUGUCUCUCCUUCACCCCCUUCCUCUGCCUGUCCUCCGGUCUGUCUCGCCACAGUCUGGAUAAAGUCCGACUCGUUCAUCCCAACAGACACUGGCUCCUCUGAGGAGAGGAAUGUGGACUAAGUGCAGGACUCUGUGGGAGGGACGAGGACGCUGAGGAGGGGACUGAUGUGAACUGUGGAAAUAUUACCGAUAAGAACUGGCACAGGAAGACUGCCAUGCAAUCAUCCAAUUUGGAAUCCCAGUGGAAUCAUUCACCCGCUAACCAGUAACAGCGGAGAAGAGAGAAGAGGUAUAUUCCAGAAGGUGAAUACACCUCCUUCACGGACCACACACACUUAGUUUGUUUUGGUUUGAAGAAAAGAAAAGUAUGGAGCUGGAUGUUUCCCUCCGGACUCUGAGAGACAGGUGAAGAGGAAAACACCUGGACAGAAUCCUUCAACAUGUCUGCGCUUGAUUGUCUUUAGAAUAGUAAACAAACAGGAUCAUAUUCAGAUUUGUUUUGUGGGUUGAAGGAACUGAUAGUGGCCGAAGCAGCUUGAAUGAUCCUGUCACAGUCUGUGUACUAAACUCAUACUCCAGUCAAUAUUUCGGUAAUAAAGGACCUAAACUUCCUCCCA